UUGGCCAUCCUCACAAGAGACGGAGGAGGACGGUGGGACGGUGCGGUACCGAGGUGGUCCAGGACCGAGGCAUGUGGCCAGAGUUCGGGCAAGCCUUGAGGUGGCGAUGGAGGCUGUUCGACCUUCUCACCGCAAUCUUCUUCACUGGCGCGCAAGGCUAUUCCUCGUCAGCAGACUAUCCGGACUGCGAGGGAUUCAUAGGGCGCAUCGGCACUGGGAUAUGCACUCCCGAAAACAACAACGAGCUAUGCGGGUACGACGGCGGCGACUGUUGCUGGUGUGACUGUGAUUCAACUGAGUACCCUUGUGAGGAACAAGGCGAUUCGAGUUACAACUGUAUCGACCCCGAGACGACCUGCAAAGAAGAAGAAGAAGAAGAAGAAGGCUCCCUGCCUAUAAGGGGACUUCAGGAAUCGCCACGGGUCGACAACACCGGUGUCCCUACCUCUUCCCCGACCACUGCCGCCCCGAUCGCCGACUCUUCCACCUUUUCCCCGACGGCUGCGGCGAUGCCGGUGGUGCCCGUUUCCCCCGGUGUAUCCCAGCCGACAGACCCAUCUUCUGAUGGAGUUCCGCUGGGCCCCGUCGUGGGAGGCGUGGUGGGCGGGUUGGUGAUCGUGGCGAUCAUCUUGGCGGUUGCGAUCAAGGCCGGUCUUCUCAAGAACUCAAGACAUAGCAACACCGGUCCGACCCCUGCCGCCCCCGUUGACCCGGCGUACCCCGCUGCUCUCCAGCAGUAUCCCUCACAGUCUUCUGGUCGUCCUACCACCCAGUAUCCUGGAGCCCAUCAGUAUCCCGCACCAGUACAAUAA